GCCAUGGACGACCUAUCCCGGUACGCGCACAGCCCGGCCCACCUCGCGGUCGCGCGGCGGGACCACGCAUCCCUCCGCAACCUCGUAUCCGCCCUCCCGCGCCUCCCACGCGCGGGCGAGGUGACCACCGAGGCCCAAUCCAUCGCGGCCGAGUCCCUCGCGGACGCCGUCUCGGCCGCCAUCGACCGGCGCGACGUCCCCCGCCGCGAGACGCCCCUCCACCUGGCGGUCCGCCUGCGCGACCCCGUCGCCGCCGACAUCCUCAUGACGGCGGGCGCCGACUGGUCGCUCCAGAACGCCGAGGGCUGGUCGGCCCUACAAGAAGCCGUCUGCACGCGCGAGGACGCCAUCGCCACCGUCAUCGCGCGCCACUACCAGCCGCUGGCGUGGGCCAAGUGGUGCCGCCGCCUGCCGCGCGUGCUCGCGUCCGUGUCCCGCAUCCGGGACUUCUACAUGGAGAUCUCCUUCCACUUCGAGUCCUCCGUCAUCCCCUUCAUCGGCCGCAUCGCGCCGUCCGACACCUACCGCAUCUGGAAGCGCGGGGCGGCCCUCCGGGCCGACAUGACGCUUGCCGGGUUCGACGGGUUCCGCAUCCAGCGGUCUGACCAAACCUUCCUUUUCCUUGGCGACGGGGCUCGGCCGGAGGACGCUGGGGGCAAGGAGCUGCUGCCGGGGUCCCUCAUAGUCCUCUCUCACAAAGACAAAGAGAUCACAGACGCGCUGGAAGGAGCAGGAGUGCAGCCCACGGAAUCAGAAGUCGCUCACGAGGUGGCGCUCAUGUCGAAAACCAACAUGUACCGGCCCGGGAUAGACGUCACGCAGGCGGACCUCGUGCCGCACGUCAACUGGCGCCGCCAGGAGAGGACCGAGGCCGUGGGCCAGUGGAAAGCCAAGGUCUACGACAUGCUCAACGUCCUCGUCACCGUCAAGUCCAGACGGGUCCCCGGGGCGAUGACCGACGAGGAGCUCUUUGCCAUGGAGGGCGAGGAGAAGAACGGGGGGAGGAGCGCCGAGCUUGAGACCGAGCUCGACGAUGUGUUGACGGCCGAGGAGAGGAAGCAGCUUGAUUCCGCGCUGAGGGGCAACAACCACGACGAGGAGCACGAGGAAGCGGCUGAUCAUCAUUCGGAUGCGAAUGGCGGGGCGAAGGACAAGAAGGGCUGGUUUUGGGGCGGCAAGAAAGGCGGCGGCAAGAGCGACGAGAAGCCACCCAAGGCAGCGAGUAAGGAUGAGUCGAGCGAUCCAGGGAAGGGGAAGGAGAAGGGCAGCGGCAAGAAGAAGAAGGGCGUCUCUUCUGGGGACCCUAAUAAGCUUGAAAGUGAGUACAAGAAGGGGUUAAGACCAGUGUUGUGGCUCACGCCGGAUUUCCCUUUGAAGACGGAUGAGCUCAUUCCGUUGCUUGAUGUAUUAGCAAACAAAGUUAAAGCUGUCAGGAGGCUUAGGGAGCUCUUGACAACCAAGCUGCCCACUGGCACAUUUCCCGUCAAGAUUGCUAUCCCUAUUGUCCCAACAAUACGGGUCAUCGUGACAUUCACAAAGUUUGAAGAACUUCAGCCUUUAGAUGAGUUUGCCACCCCACCUACGAGCCCUACACAAUUCCAGGAUGCCAAGUCCAAAGAUUCGGAAGGAUCAGCCUCAUGGUAUUCGUGGGUUAGAGGGGGGCGCGGUGCACAGUCUAGUGACAGCGGCGAUAGCAAGAAUUUUAAAGAUGAGGUCGAUCCAUUCCACAUACCUUCUGAAUACACCUGGGUCGAUGCCAACGAGAAGAAACGGAGGAUGAAGGCAAAGAAAGCCAAGAACAGGCGGGGUGCUGCUCGGAAACAGUCAUCGAAAAGCACUUCCUCAGAAGGGGGCCAACGACCUAUGAUGGACGGCUUUGAGUAGAACACUCUCGUGGCAUUAAGUUGCCCCUGCGUCCAUACAAAGUUUAGGUGUCGAUGAUAGCUGCCCACCUGGCACAGAUCGACAACGUGCCAGGUGAACACAUGUGGUUCGGUGAUCGAUUCCGAGCCGAAUCUCCUAGAGGGAGUACAGGAUGGAUUAUACCCUGCUAGUCUGUAAUUCAAUUCUAUUUUUGUCCCAGCCCCUUUUCUUCAUGUAUGUUUGAUGAUGAUGAUGAUGAUACGGCCUUGCUGUUGUUUAAAAGAUGUGUCUGACAGGUUUAGGGUUCUAGUGAAUACAAUAUGCAGUCAUUUUUCAUACAACGUGAAUGCUCGAUACUCGUGGUUCCUUCAAAUGUAUCAUUGUUUUUUU